AUGCCUAGAUUUUCGACCGCGUUUUACCGGCGGAAAUCCACCGCGGAUGACUUGACAGCCGUUCAACCAUCCCCCGAAUCUCCGUCAUUUCGUGUUCUCGAACGCCACCCUUCUCCUCCUCCGCGGGCAUUUGAUGGGGGCGCCAGAAUGGCAAGAACCUCUGGCGUCCCCAUGCAUAAGCCAAGCCCGUCGGAGUUGGACGUUGAGGAUAACAUAUUUGCUGGUUUGAACAAUAAUCGUGCUAAUCGAGGUAGCGGAAGCGGAGCGUCGAACACUACAAAGGCCACAUCGACCGACAACUCAUCACGGCAUAGUAAUGCGUCUACGGCUCCGUCAUCAGCAGACAUGGCCAACAAUCAGGAUGACCGCGGCGGAAAGCGAAAGCCGGCUGCUCAAGAAACCAUGCCACGACCACUUACCAAAUCAAGCACCUCGAGUUUUCUUGAUCGUGCAGGUCGAACCUUGUCCUUCGGAAUAAAGAGCAAACAUCACACCCCCCCUCCCAAGCAGGAGGACGUUCCACCACUGCCUACAUUCCAACGCGAGGACGAGUUUGGUAGAGCUAGGGCUAUGACGGCCUCAACAACCAGCACAGCUACCCCACCCAAGCUGGAGGAGGAGAGCAAUUUCGAUCUGGGUGGUGAUUUCGGCUCCAUGUUUUCGAAAUUCGACAAGCGGGCUAGCAUGGCCACCCUCCGGAUGGAUGGUAAACAGAACAAAUCGCCAUCACCCACAAAGCAGCGCCCUCAACAGCCAGGCCCGGUGCCUCCCCCAUUGGAUAUCGGAGCCACAAAGGCCCCUGUUGACUCAGCUCCCCCGUCAUGGAACAGUCAGAAUUCGUACCAGUCGAGAGAGACUCUGAUGAGCCCCCCCCAAGCAGCACAAUACGACCAGCCACCACCUGUUCCUCGACAUCAGCCUUCAUUCGAAUAUAGGUCUGUGAAGAGCCCUGGGUCUCCGAUGGAGGAUGAGGAUGCUAGACUCCUCGCUGAUUCGGUUGCGGCUGGCAAGUUCUUGACAACCGAAAUCCCCGAACACGCCGCAGUUGAGCGAUAUGGGCGGGAAGAAGACGACUUUACUGUUAUGGGCCGAGGAGCGGUGGCAUCGGACUUUUCGAGGGAGGAUAACAUGUUUGCGGGUACCUCGUCGCAAUUCUCGAGAAAUGUGAUCAGGGAAGUCCCUCAACCGGCGAAGGCAUCUUCUGAUAACCCGAACAACCGAGUUAUGACACCUGCAGAGUUUGAAAGAUAUCGGCGAGACAAGGAGCGCGAGGGCCUUGAGAAGGCUGCUUAUGGUGAGCCUGCGGAUGAUGACGACGACGAGGACCCAAUCAACUACGAUGACGAAGAAGAUGAGAAUGAUAAGUUGAAGCAACAAGCUAAACAGAGGAGGAAUCAGCAAGCUCAGAUGACAGCUUAUCGACAGAGAAACAUGAAGACGACUGGUGAACUUGCUAGUACCACACCCGUUUCUCCAGGCCGCCCGACUCUCGGCACGUCGCUGAGUGCACCACACCUUGCCCCCAACAAAACCCCGUCACCUGAACCGGGACAUGCAAUCGACGAGGACGAAGACGAGGACGUUCCUCUGGCCAUCCUUCAAGCGCACGGCUUCCCGCAUAAGAGGGCUCCUAGCCGCCUCACCUCCUUUGGAUCUAACCCUAACCUCCGAGCCUCGACCAUGUUACAGCCGGGACGACCUGCAUCUGUGGUAGGAGAUCCUGCUUCCCAAUCCAAACGUUUCUCCACUCUCCCAGCUUUUGCUCGUAACCUCCCGCAGGAUCCAUUUGUUGGUGCCGGCGUUGCCCGGCCUGCUAUUCGAGAAUCAAUGUCGUUCGGCAUUGGUAGCCCACAGCCGCCUCCCCAACAGUCACCAUCGAUGCACCCUGGAGGCCUCAUUGGUGUUAUUGCUACGGAAGAGCGCAACCGAGCAAUGCGCCGUGGCAGCCCCAAUUUGGAAAGUCAGAGAGCCUUCGGAGGAGGCAUGGAUCCCAUGAUGUUUAAUGGUGGCAUGCGCAUGCCACCCCAGCAGCAACCGCCACAGAACGCGAAUCAGUUGAGCGUUCAGGACCAGGCCCAGCUCCAGAUGUCACAACAAAUGUCCUCGUUCUUGCAGAUGCAAAUGCAGUUUAUGCAAAUGAUGGCUGGUCAACAGCAAGGUGGCUCCCCCCAGAUGCUCCAGCAAAUGUCUCCUCCAAUGAUGCAGCAGAUGAUGGGAUCGCCUCCAGGACAGCAGCAGCCAUAUGGAGGGUUUGCAGGAAGCCAAUCUGUCGCCGACUUCCAGUCAGGCCAGUCCUUUGGUGGAUCACCGCCGCUCACUCAACCCCGAAGGAUGGACGCAAGCAUGCGUACAAUGAGCAUGAUCCAGCCUAGCUCCUCCUCUUUCAUGCAAUUGCCUGCUUUUGGCAAUGGACUCGGACCUGGCGCUGGAUACAGUGCUUCAAUCGCACCCUCUGAACGAAGCAAUAUCGGACUCCCAGGGCGCUACCGACCUGUAUCACAGGCAGGGUCCCUCACAGGCCAGAACUUUAUGCACCAGCGGACCCAGUCUAUGUCGGGUGCGACGGCUUUGUCAUCAUUUGCUACUCCCGAUGACUCGAAGGUGGUGCCUACUGUGAAGCUAGUGAGCGAGGCCAAGAAUAGCAAUAAUCACAGUGACGAUGAAGAUGAUGAGGAAGGAUGGGCCGCUAUGAAGGCGAAGAGGGAGCAGAAGAAAUCUAGGUGGCGGCUCAAAAAGGGGUCCACGGACCUCUUCUGA